AUGUUGAUUUCCCUUGCGCCUGCCAUCUCAUCCCCACUCCGUCCCUCACCGUCUUCUUCCCCCCCCUUUUCCCUCCCCACCCCCCUCCCCGCCUCCCUCCCCUUCCCCUCAACACACCGUCCUCUUCCCCCUUGUGUCCCCUCCCCUCGCCCUCCCUGCACCCACCCGGCACCCACCCGGCACUCACCCCGCACCCACCCCGCACCCACCCCGCACCCACCCCGCACCCACCCCGCACCCUCCCCUUCCCCAUCCCUUCUCUCGCCCCCCUUGCCCUCCCCUCACCACCCGUCCCUCCUUUUCCCCCCUUCCCCCCACCAGCGACGGGCGGUCGCGGCAGUUUGGCUUCGUGGGGCUGCGAUCGGAGGAGGAGGCAGCAGCGGCGAUAGCCUACUUCAAUCGCUCCUUCAUGGACACCUUUCGACUCACCUGCGAGGUGCGUUCGCCAUGCCCAUUGGUCACACGGCGUUGCCCCGCGCAUGGAGCAAGCACACGCAGGCCAAGGAGACCAAGGGCGUCGGAGGGACAGGCGGAAAGGGAGCGGCAGCAGAAGGAGGGGGGAAGCAAGGAGGUGUGGAGGCAGCGGCGGACGGAGGGAAAGGUGGGGAGCGUGGGGAGAGUGAGAGAGGGAAGAAAAAGACAGGGAAGGUGGUGGGAGGGGUGGCUGUGAAGCAAGCAGCGCAGGAGGAUGAAGGGUUCAGAGAGUUUCUAGAGGUGAUGGAGCGAGGCGGGAAGAAGAAGGUUUGGGCGAAUGAUACUGCGGAUGGGGAUGGGGGGGGAGGAGGGGGUGUGGGGAAGGGGAGGGGCGGUGGGAGUGUGAGUGGAGGAGGGGCGUAUGGAGGGGCUUACCCACCGCACAUGCGCAUACCCACGGUUCUCCUUUCGUAUCGCCAACCCAAAGGAGAAGUCCAUCUGGUGGUGGACCGCCACACCAAGCUCUCCAAGGGCUUUGCAUAUGCGCUCUUCACUGUUCCUGAAGAUGCUGUCAGUGCCAUGAAGGCCUUCGACUCCUCCAUCUUUCAGGGCCGCCUGCUGCACGUGCUGCCAGUUUACAUGCGCGCCCAUUGCCAUGAAGGCUCUCGACUCCUCCAUCUUUCAGGGCCGCCUGCUGCACGUGCUGCCGGCACACAGACCACCCUCCAAGAAGGACGAGCAAAAACGCUGAAGGAGAGGAGGGAGGAGGAGAGGAAGAAGCGCGAAACAGGAGGGGACACUCGCGCUUGGAGCUCCUUUUACAUGCGGCCAGAUACGGUGGCAGAAGCAGUGGCUCAGAGAUACGGAAUUGCGAAGAGAGAUUUACUUGAUCCAUCAGCCAGUGACACAGCAGUGGCUGAAGCGGUGGCUCAAAGAUAUGGAGUGGCGAAAAGAUAUGGAGUGGCGAAAAGAUAUGGAGUGGCGAAAAGAUAUGGAGUGGCGAAAAGAUAUGGAGUGGCGAAAAGAUAUGGAGUGGCGAAAAGAUAUGGAGUAGCAGAAGCAGUGGCACAGCGGUACGGAGUAGCAAAACGAGACCUCCUGGACCCAUCAGCCAGUGACACAGCAGUGCGGCUGGCGUUAGGGGAGGCGCACAUAGUGGCGGACACCAAGCGGGCCCUGCUAGACGCGGGCAUCGAUGUGACCCUCAUGGAGCAAUUCGCCACCACCACACAGGGUCUCUCCUUCAUGCUCCGUGCUACCUGCUCCACGCCCCCUCCUGUUUCCAUUCUGUCCCCAUCCUCCCCUCUGUCCCCCCUUCAGGUAGCUGAAGCAGUAGCCCAGAGGUAUGGGGUCGCGAAAAGAGACCUGCUCGACCCAUCAGCCAGCGACACAGCAGUGCGGCUGGCACUAGGAGAGGCGCACAUAGUGGCGGACACCAAGCAGGCUCUGCUUGACGCGGGCAUCGAUGUGGCCCCCAUGGAGCAAGCCACAACCACCUCGACCGCUGCUGCCGCUGCAGCUGAGGCAGUGGCGCAAAGAUAUGGAGUCGCGAAGAGAGAUCUCCUGGACCCAUCAGCCAGUGACACAGCCGUCCGGCUUGCCUUAGGGGAGGCGCACAUAGUGGCGGACACCAAGCGGGCUCUCCUAGACGCCGGUAUCGACGUGGCUCUCAUGGAGCAAUUCGCCACCGCCGCCACCGCUGCUGCCGCCGCUGCUGCUGCUGCCAAAGCAGCUGGGAAAAAGGAUACCAAGGCGGAUGGCAGUGCUGGUGCUGCUGGUGGUGUUGGCAGCUUGGCGCGCAGCAGGAGUGUGAUUCUGGUGAAGAAUCUGCCCUUCAAGGUGGAGGCUGGGGAGCUGGUGGGGCUGUUCCAACGGUUCGGACCGGUAGCGAGGUUUGUGCUGCCGCCCACCAACACUGUUGCAUUGGUGGAAAUGGCAGACUCUGCUGAUGCCAAGAGGGCUUUCAAAGGCCUAGCUUAUAAGAGAUACCAGCAUGUUCCUCUGUACCUGGAAUGGGCACCAGAAGGAAUCUUCCUAGAACCCGCAGCACCGUCAGACACGCCAACCACAACAGCAGCAGCAGCAGCAGCAGCAUCUUCUAGGGAAGGAGAGGGAGGCGCAGGGGUAGGCAAGGAGGGAGGCGGAGAGAAGAAAGCGAAGAAGCAGGGUGCAGUGGGGUUGCUGCCGGUGGUGAUGGAUGGGAAGGCGGCCAGGCGCAUGGCUGCAGAGGCGGAGAUGGUGGGGGGAGUUGGGGGAAGAGAUGGGGGAGGAGAGGGGGCCGAGGGGCAUGUGGUGGAAGGGGAGGAGGACGGGCAGCCCACGAGCCACAGUGUGUUUGUGAAGAACCUCAGCUUUGCCACAACAGAGGCGCAGCUGAAGGAGCACCUGGAGAAGCUUCUCAGAAGCAAGCACGCAGGGGCGGAUGGGGAGGGCCCAGCACUACGCAGCGUCACGAUCAAGAAGCGGGUGCGGAACGGCAAGCAGCUGUCGAUGGGUUUUGGGUUCGCGGAGUUUGGAUCCGUGCUCGCUGCUCACCGCGCAUGCAAGCUGCUGCAGGUGAGCCACAUGGUGUGGUGGCCACACCCGUCCGUUCAUGCCACGUGCAUGUGUUGUGGUGAGCCGCAUGGUGUGGUGGCCACACCCGUCCGUUCAUGCCACGUGGAUGUGUUGUGGUAUGCAGCUGGGUGUGCGGAGUUUGGAUCCGUGCUUGCUGCACACUGCGCGUGCAAGCUGCUGCAGGGCACUGUGCUGGAUGGGCAUGCGUUGCUGCUGCAGCUGAGCAAAGGGGAGGCGAAGGGGGCCAUUCAAGGCCACCACGAGGGACACUCGGCAGUACCGUAUUUCUCCAUCUCUUUCACUUCCAUCUCACUCUCUACCCGCACCAUCUAUCCCCGCUCUCGUUCUCCCUCUCUCCUCCAGCCAUUUGAGGCCACUAAGAGGGACAUUCAGCAGCUGUUUGCACCUUUUGGGCAGGGGGCUUUGCCUCUAGAGGGAGGUGCCUUCUUGGAUUGCUUCCUGACUACUGUCAUUCAAGCUACCCCCUCCCUUCCUUCCCCACCCAACCCUCAGCUAAAGAGCAUGCGGCUGCCACGCAAGUUUGACGGGGGGCACAGGGGGUUUGCGUUUGUGGAGUUUGCAACAAAGAGGGAAGCAGAGAGUGCCUUUGAUGCGCUCAAGAGCACCCACCUGUACGGCCGCCACCUCGUGCUUGAAAGGGCCAAGGAGGGCGAGGGGCUCGACGAGCUACGUGCCAAAACUGCCGCCCAGUUUCUGGACGGGGGGGCGGGCGGCGUGCGGCAGAAGAAGCGUGCCAAGCUGGGGCAGGGCGUGGAUGACAGUGAUGUGGCAUUCCGGGAAAUGCAGUUUGGUUGA